UUACAUAUAUUUAUUAUCUUUUCAGUUUGAGAUAUAUAGACGGAUAACCAAGGCGGUAGCCAGGGUUAUAUUCACAGAACUAUCUGAAGGAGAGAAGGAUAGUUAUUUGUAAUCAUACCCAGGUGAAAGCUGGUUUUUUGUACUGGAAGAUCCAAACAUGUCCCAACCAAAGAAAAGACGACGAUUAAAUGAGGAGGAAGAGAAAGACAAAAUUAAAAACCCAAUGAAGGAAGUUCUGGCAGAGGCCCUUCCAGCCAUCACAGAGACUGUUGUGGCAACUGUGAAAGAAACUCUGAGGGUAACUGCAAAUAAAGAUACCUCAUCUCAGUCUAACCAGUCUAAUACGGGCAGCAAUUUGGAGGGAAUUUCCAUGUCAUCCACAUCAUAUGCAACAUUGCCUGUGACAUCAGCUGCGACAUCAUCUGUAGCGUCAUCUGCGACAUCACCUGCACCAUCACAAGAAACACUGCAAUCAUCGACUACUGAAGGUAAUAAAAAUAAGGGUACAGGGCCACUUCACAUUGGUCGUCCUUUGGGUCAAGGGAUCGAUACAAAAAUUAAGGCAAAGAUAUGGGCUGAGGAGUUCAUCCAGUUAGGAUGUCUGGUGUUCAAACAACCAUAUGCCAAGUUGGAGGCGGUGCAGGCAAGUGACAAUAGCGUCACAUUUCUUCAAAAGGAACACAAAUACUUCUUCAAAUCCUUACAACAGUGGACAGGAGCCUUCCACGUUUUUGUGGCAAUUUACUGUGAGAAGUUCCCCGAACAGGCACCAAACCUCAUGAAGUACAUGGCCACAGUCCAGAAGCUAAGUUCUGAUGUCGGGGAGAGAGCUGCAUUCCACUAUGACGAGCAAUUCAGAAAAUGGAGGGCAGAGAAUCUAGACCAGAUGCCGUGGGAGAAGAUAAACUCUGAGCUUCAUUCUGAAGCUCUGCAGAUUGGUCUAAAAUCAAAAUUGUUUCAAACAGAGGGAAAAACCAGUCGACCAAAACAAAACCAGCAGCAGCCAUUUCGUGUCAAAAACAACAAAAAGCCAUGUUUUAGCUUCAACAACAAUGCUGGACAGUGUGCAAGAUCGAACUGCGAGUAUGCACACAUAUGCAGUAAAUGUUUUGGAGACCACAACAAAAAAGACUGCCGACUUCCAGACAACAACAAGAAACCUAAUCACUCAAACACAAAGCCAGCAAAUACCCAAACUCCAUUCAAGAAGUAAUGU